AUGGUUCCUCGUUCACGACUUAUCAAAUAUGCCAUUAUGAUUUCCAUAUUUACAAUUCUUUGGAAUCUUGCCGAAGGUGUAAUAUCCAUAUAUUUUGGAGCAGAAGGUGGUUCCCUUAGUCUUAUGUUUUUUGGUAUUAACACCUUCAUCGAAGUAAUUUCAGCAAGUUUGAUUCUAUGGAGAUUUAAAACCGAAAUAAAAUCUGAUGAAGAAGAUUUUAUCAAUUCUAAAGAAGCAAACCUAAAGAAGGAAAGGAGAUCAACUCUUAUAAUAGGAAAUCUUUUUAUUUUACUUUCUCUUGGAACGAUUAUCAACUCAAUUAUUGCCCUAAUCAAGAAAAAACAACCUGAUACAGCUUUGCCAACUUUAAUAAUCUCUAGUGUAUCAUUAUCUUUUAUAAUAUUCCUUUGGUUAGGAAAAUGUUAUCUUGCAUUUAAUCUCGACUCUGCAACACUGGCAGCAGAAGCCCAAUGUUCGUUAGCUUGUUUAGAAAUUACUAGUGUAAUUUUCUUGGGAAGUUCGCUUUAUGUAGUUUGGUCGGAAGGAUGGUGGCAAGAUUCAACAGCUACCUUAUUUAUUGGGUUAUUAUUUAUUGGGUUAUUAUUUGCUAAAGAUGGUGUAAAAAUGAUCCUUAAUGCAAACAGCAUAAAUUUUGAUUGUGGUUGCAACCCAAAAGUUCAUGCAGAAGCGUGUUACCAUAAUCGUACAGAAAAAGUAACGAAGAACGGAAACAAUAAAAUCUAG